AUGGCAAAAGAGGAAGAAAGGAGGGACGGUCUCUUCUUUGACUCUCUCACCUACUUUUUGGUGGGACUGAGUGUGGCUCUAAUCUACUCCUUUGCGGACAAUGACCACUUUAUGUUCUACAAGGUCUUCAGAGAGGCUGGAAUCCAUGUAGACUUUCCACACUACUACACUCGUCAACUGGUUGUGUUUUGGGGAUUCGUAGCCUCGUUCACGUUCAUGUUCGUCGGAGUGUUUAACAAGAAGAUAUGCACAUUUGUUGGUUGGCUGGUGCCUCUCUCGUACCUCUACAUCAUUUCAAAGGUUACAGAGUAUGGGAGUGUCAAGUUUGGGACUGGCAUGCUUCGUGCCAUUGCAGUGACCUCCAUAGUCUCCCACAUCUUUCAGACCUGCUUCGUAUUCCAAAUCUUUGAGGAGACUGAGGGCUUGUUCCAGAGACUACUGAGCUUUGUUGGAGGCUACUUUUUGGGAUACCCAGUGGUUACUAGACUCCUCCUCAGGAGAGUCUUGGUGGAUGGAAUGAUGGAUAGUGCUUCCAUAGGAGAUGAUCUGUUCCACUUUUGCACAACACUCUUCUUCAUAACGUUUACCAUGGCUGCAUGUCUGACUUACCUCUUUUAUGGUAUGACUGGGGGUAUGAAUACUCAUUAUUGGCUACCAGCCUUUUCCCCGUCAAUGGGAGACAAGAUAAGUCUAGGCACCUGUGUCUACCUUUGGAUUCUCAACCCGGUUUGUAUAAGCAUACUACCUCAGACCUUGAUGGAACAGUCGGAAUACCACAACCACGUCUUUAUUCAGAGAGUUACCUUUGCAAUAGCUCUACUGGCUAUACCCUCAGUAGUGGGCUCAAUGGACGUCUCAAUGCGCUGUAUACUGACUCUGUGGAAGAAGAGGACCCUGAGAUAUCUGGAGGGACUAAAGGCUGCCAUAAUGGUCUCUGAGGAACUGAAUGAGAUGGUUGAAGAAGAUGGAAGGGAGGAGUCUCCACUCUCUAUAGUCUACAACAGUUCAGACAUUAAAGUGCCCUCUCACAUUGACACUUGGUCCUCUAUAAACUGUGACUCUUUCAGUGACUGGGAACACAGAGACGUUGAGACCAGAGACUCCAUUCUCUCGGCAAUCCUUAUCCUGGACCUGCUAAUCAAGUUGGAGAAUACUCUAGAGUUGGGACUCGUUGAAGACAUUCUAAAGUUGUACUGCUCUUCCAAGACUAAAGAUCCACUUGUUACCUGCACAGUGCUUCUGACUGACAAUAAACAGGUCCUCCUCACCGUCCUGUCAAGAUCCAUGGGAAUGUCAAAGGGACUCCUCACUCAGGUCGAGAAGAUACCCAAUUGCUAUAAUGGAGGUUUUGGUGAUAGCACUAAACGUUGCUGUUUUAAGAAGGGUGUCUGUAAGGGUACUUCUCUUGCUGGUACUACCUCUAAUGAGGGCACUGAGAAUAAAACCUGUGACUGUUGUUGUCCAGUGUCAAUCGCUGAGAUUAGAGACUUUGUGAGAGAAUCCGUUUCUUCCACUGAGGAUAGCAUCUGCACAAUGGUUACUAGGAUAAAUGCAGAUACGAUACUAUCAUCCAUGGAAGCCUCUGAUCUAACACUUGACUCUGCAAAAGUCUGUGUAGCGGUACUAAAGGCUUACUACCAAAGCUGUAUCUGGCUUCUCAUCUCAAUACUGUGCAUAGAGGAGGCUAUCCUACUCGCUGUUUGGUUCUGCAAACUUUGUGAGCUAUGCAAGAACAUCUGCAAAAUUAUAGAUGAGAAGACACCAAAGUGUCAGUGUAUAAAUAAAUCUAAGGAAGGUACUGCUGUAACCAUUAAGACUUGUUCUGUGACUACUCUUGAGAACUUUGACGACUGUGACUGUCUCUGCAUAGUCUCUUACUAUGGUAUCAGGACUAGUGUGGAGACUAUAAUGACCAGACUUCACUGUCUGAGGACAGAACUUGUUACCAGAGCUAAUACUACAUGUACAUUUCAAAAGGUAGAAACCUCCGAUUUGGCUUCUGAGGCAUACUUGCUGGACUCCAUCAAGGCAGCCAUCAUACUAUUCUUUGGUCUUGACAGUGUUUACAAGUUCAUAGUAGAAACGUUUAAAGACGCAUGCUGGUGUUGUCAUAAGGACAAGGACCCUCUUUAUCCAGCCAUACUCUCAUGUCUGCUUGUCUGCUAUAGACUUUGUUCCAGACUCUUCCGAGAUGCUUCUGAGGGCACUAAAAUCUUGGAGGAUGCACUGCUCUGGUACAAGUGUAUCUUUGCGGCUAAGAAGAGCUCUAUAGCUAAUGUACCUACAAAGAAUGUAGAGAAUAAAGUUGAAGAAGUAAAGGGUGAUAAAGAGGUCAAGACGGAGGAUUGUGAGGGAGGAGCAGUAGCUAAAACCAGGAACCUGAAGUUGACAAUCACUUCAUUUGAGACAUUCGUAAAGAGUGCACAAACUUCCUUAUCCUACUUCUAUAGAACAAAUAACAGAGAUGGUGAGGGGUAUGCUGUUUACUAUGCCAUAAAUGUAGAUAAAACUAAAAAGGCAGUAAAGUACCUUUCUAGGUUAGCAAUGACAGAUCAGAAAAAUUAUACCCUUUCAUCAAAAAAUCUAGUCCUGCGGGAAGGAAUGUCUAAAUCUGGUUUUUCGUCUGGAAGUUGUGUCAACAUUAUUGAAGAUAAGGCUAAAUUAGAAGAUCAGAAAAAAGAAUCACCCUGUAAAUGUUUUAGUAGUGAAGGGGAGGAUAUUUGUGCAAGUUGUGAAAAGGGAGAACAGUGUAAUGGAUGUAAAAACUGUGAAUGCAAAUGCAAAUGUCCUGAAAAUGAGGGCUGUCCAUGCGGUAAAACGCAAGACAAAUCUUGCAAGGAUAAUGUAUUCACUCGCCUAUCACAAAUUAUAGAAUGUAAAUGUGGGACAGAGGAAAAGGAAAAGAAAUGUUCUAAUUGUUUUAAUAAGUUAUGCAGUAGUCUGUCUAACUUGACUAAUAAAAUAAGUGAAGUUUCUGGUAGUAAAAAGGAAGAAGAAAAGAAAGAAUGUGAGCAUCCAGGAAAAUGUGGAGGAAUCUGUUGCCAAACAAGGAGAUUCUCACACUUUUUGAAGACAUAUGUAAUUAGUGUGUUCAGAGAUAUCUACAAAGAAUUAAAUUGUAAAGAGAUCAAGUGCAAAUGUUGUCCUUGCUGCAAGAAAAACGGAGAACUGUUUAAAUGUAAGUGUCAAUGUAAAGAAGAUAAGAAGGAAAAGGAAUGUGGAUGUAAGUGCAACUGUUCUGAUACUGAAGGUUGCUCCUCAGAGGGUGCCGAGUGCAAAUGUGAAUGUAGAUGUGAACUAUGUUGGAAAAACUUCUUCAGAUGCUUCGUGAUUUGUGGACUCAAAUGUGGAGAUCAGUGUAAAUCUGAGGGGAAAGGAUGUUGUAAAUGUUGCUGUACAAAGACUGGACAAGAGCAAUGUAAAUGUGAAAAUAGCCAUAAAGACGACGGUAAAUGUACUCAUAAAUGUGAAAACUGUCUACUUUGUCUUUACACCACUAACAUGUUCUUUUGCAGUAAAUGCUGUUCCCAGCAAUCUGAAACUGAAUGUAAAAAAUCUGCUAUCUCCUGCAAAUGCACUUGUGGUACUGGUACUGAUAAAUGUUGUUGUAAGGAAAUCGCUGAAGAUAAGAAGAAAGAGGGAGAAUUAGCAUCUCUAAAACUGGACUGUUGCUGUGGAGACAGACUUGGAUGCUCCAUUGAUAAGAUUACCUGUCUCCUUAAAUGCUUUGAAACGGAACUCCCUGGUUUGUACUGUCUUGCUAGUAAACUUGACUGUCAACUAUUCCAGUUUUGUGAGCAACUGUGCAGCGUUCUGGACACUCUUGAGGAUGUAAAGUUUGUGCUUGAAAAGGCAAUAAAGAUAGUAGAAUGUAGGAUCACAAAGGUGAAGUGCAUGAUAAAGUGUUACUCUGCCAAGUUUAAAUCUUUAAAGGAACAGAUAGAAUCUAUAGACAAAAAGGACGAAAUGUAUCCACAGGUUGUGGACCUUGUCAAGAAGACUGGAAAGUUUGCCGUACUGGUGACAUCCUACUCUCCAGAAAUUGAGGCUACCUACAUGAAGACUGAUUUCCACAGUGAACUACUCAAGUCUACCACCCAGAAUCUGGCAGAAGUAGCUAUGCGUGUAGAGGAUACCAGUCAACUAGCUGCCUCAACAGGUCGUAGCAGAGUGGCUUUACUGGCUGACUCCAAGACCGUCCAAGUGGAUGCUCCCAACAAGAGUGAGAAGGAUAACUCUUCCAUUCUAAAGGAGUAUAUCUUUAUAGUCUGCAGGAUAAUCUUUCUUCUACUGAGGUUCCAGAUUCUUGACCCUAAUCGCCUCUGGCUUGUGAAGGUAUUCACUGUUGCAUUCAGCAUUCUCUCUGCCGUUUACCUCAACCUCUUCAUCACAGAGCUUUCUAGUGACCUUGGAAAACAUACUGGAUACUCGAUCAACCUCAUACUUCUCUGUGGAGUUGGAACAAACUUCAUCUACUCCUGGCUCUUCCACCUGUUUGACUACGUCAGCAUAGUCUACCCCUUUGGCAACAUUGUCUCUAAACUGGAGACCUCAAACCCCUCGGUGGACUAUGGCAAGUCUCGCUACAGCAUGUUUAUUAGUCUGAUAUCCUCUCUCAGGACUGAGUUCAACAGCAUCUUUGGCAUAUUCUCAGACCUGGACACCACCAGUUCUUACUCUGGUAUUAGACAGAACGUCUACCCGUUCAGCACAAUGUCAAAGAGUCUCAUCAGUUCAUUCAGAGGUACUCUUGACUUUACUCCUAUACUCAAUGGUCCAAACAGAAGUGUCUCUGCCAUCAUGGAUCACAUCUCAUUCACUCUACUUGGGUGCCACUCGGAUGAUCUCCUGACAAAGUCUAGUGGUUACUUUGGUGACUUGAACAGGGAGAUGCUUUGGCACUCUUGGUACGCCAACACUGUGAUCACUGAUACCACUCUCUUUUACUACUACCUCAGACGCUCCAUCCUGUUUGAGAUGAGUGAGAUUGCCCGUCUGAGACCAGUUGACAAGCCAUUCUCGAGGGGAUUCACCAACUCUAGACAACUGUGGAAACACUUUGGCAAGAUUCAGGUAGACCUCUCCUUCAACGCUUCUCUCAAGAGUCCCGAAAUUGAGAUACCCAGAAGCAGACACCAGUUGAACCUUUUGAGGGAGAGACUCUAUCAGGAGUAUAGACAAAAGUGGCUGGUAUACCAACUCAGGGCUACAAAGUCUCUUGUGAAUGUACCUCUGGAUGAACAUAGCAGUACUGAGGACCUACCAUUCUUGUACAUUAAGGAACUGGACACUGUACACCUGACUGCAAACUCCCUUGACAAACUGGAUAAAAAGUACUCUGACGUCUACAGAGGUACCAAGAUAAACAAUUGCAAGGUUCUCAAGAAGGAGAUCAAGACUUGGAGGAGCUCUAAACUCGGCUUUUGUGAGACUCUGUCUGAUGAGGGCGAGUGCAAGAGGGCUGUGAAUACUGCAGUAAAAUCCCUUGAGAGAUUCUUUGACACUUGUGAAGACCAUAAACCUGUAAAGGACAUGAUAGAGUACAUUACCUCCACAGACUAUUACUCCACCUACACUCAUGGAGACUCCGACCUUGACACUGACCACAAGAUGGCACUGUUCGACUUGACAUUCCACCAAGACGGACUGGAGAAUAAUUAUCGCAUAUUUAAAGGGUUCAAGAACUCAAUUUCUCAUACUCUUGACCACCAACUGGAGAUCGCCAAGAGGAACAAGACAACCUCCCUCAUCCCGCUUGGCAUAUACACACUUCACUAUGGACUCCAGAUAUCACAUAAUACACUUGAACAGAUUGAAAAGGGACUAGCUCUUGAAUUCAAAGUCUUGGAAAAGGAUGAAUGUGAGGAGCUGGGAAUGGGAGCAUAUUUGGCAGUUUCACAGGGAAGUGUGCAUCCUCCAAAGUUCCUUCACGCAACUUACAAGAGCGAUGGUGAUAUCAAGAAGAAGAUCGCCUUUGUAGGAAAGGGUAUCAUGUUUGACGCUGGAGGUUACAACGUCAAGAAUGCCACCACUAUGAUCCAUUUGAUGAAAUUAGACAUGGGUGGGAUGGCUACUGUAUUUGGGGCAGCUGAGGCAAUUGCAAAAUUGAAGCCUAAACAUGUUGAGGUCCACUUUAUAUCGGCAACCUGUGAGAACAUGGUCGACGCAAAUUCCUACAGACCUGGUGAUAUUGUCACCGCUUCCAAUGGAAAGACCAUCGAGGUCAUAAAUACAGAUUGUGAAGGUCGUAUGACCCUUGCUGAUGCCUUGUGUUAUGCCGAAAGCUUGGGAGUUGACGUCGUUUUGGACACUGCCACUCUAACAGGUGCACAAAUUGUCGCCCUUGGAGGUGAUAAUGUCCAACAAGAUGAGAAUGGGUACUUCUACAAUAGUGAUGAUGGUCAAGUUAAUCUAACGGAGGACUGGUAUCCUGACCCAGAGGGAAUCUAUAGGAAAUUUACUCAUACUCCAAAAGGUGGCAGCAUUAAAGAGAUUUUACAUAAAGGGAGUGCACUUUCUGGAAUUAAUCUAUCAAGUCAUACCAGUGUUUCAGUAUACUACUGGACUCUGGAUACCGAUUACAGCCAACCUCUCCUAAUUCAACUUGGCGAGGGAAUUAAUGAGUACUACAUCCGGAGUAAUGAUGAUAAUUGGACAAAGUAUCACGAUUCAAAUAGUCUGCAAAAAGAUCUUGAUAAGCAAAACUGUACAAGGAAUAGGGCACAUAUUGUAUUAAUCUCAGACAAGAGUGAUGGUUAUCAAUGCCCAGGUUGUGAUACCCAGAAAAUUAACGUAUUAACUAGCAGUCCCUCAGGUUAUAAUAGUCAUAGACACUCUAUUGGUUAUUCAUCCUCCAUCUCGGUAACUACUUUCAAAGAUGAUAAAAAUGGUCAAGUUGGACUUCCACCUGUUAAAGAUGCCCAGUAUGUUAUUGUUUACCGGAGGAAGUCCGGUGAUACAAAUCCCCUUCUAAUUUAUUAUAAACAAGAUGAAGAGAAGUGGUUCAGAAGAAAUACUAGUGAUGGAAAUACAUGGAGUGAAGUUUCCAAAGAUAAGAAACCUACGAAUCCUAACGAGGACACUGAUGGUAAAAUCAAGGAUCUUCUCCAAUUGUCUGAAUAUCAUCCUCAAAUUACUUUAGACCUAUCCACUUCAGCUACUAACUAUUCGGAUAGUAAUACUGGUAUACACAUAACCGUGAGAAGCAGUCCAGUUGAGGGUGGUUAUUCUGAGUUUGAACAUUCUCUCUUUGGUGGUCUAUUUACAGUUAAGAGUGUCAUGCAUGGAACUACUCCGCUUACUGGAAUAACGUCUGAUGGACAAUUGGACAGUGUUACUGCCUAUUAUUAUGGAGAUCAUCCUUCAGAAGAGAAAAGGCUUCUCUUGGUUGAGCUGAGAUCACGAGGUGGGAUCAAAUACCAGUACUUUCACAGAGAAACAAAGGAUGCCAAGGAUUGGAAAGAAUAUUCUAUAUCUGAUCAGGAAAGUACUAGACUACAGGGAAAAUAUCUAAAGACCGAACUUGAUAAGCUUAAAAAGGUACAAUUUCCUUCUGGAAAAUCAACACUGCGAAAAGUUCUUGAAGGAUGCGGAGAGACAGGUGCAGCUGGAGGUGUUGGAGCUGAAGCAUAUAACUUCUUCUUCAACCCGGACAAAAGUGCCACAAGACAGAUAAUUAGGUUGUUAACAAGGCUACUUUAA